UCGGUAUUUAAUUAAGAUGAGUGGAUGAGACUUGAAAGAUUCUUGAAAUUAUUCCUGUGAUUAAAUUGGCAUUUUUACAUAUACAUGGACGUUUUAACAUCGUAUUUCACGUCUCAUUACUACAAAAUGAGUGUUUUUUCGACACUUAUGCCUCGACGCUAGGUGAGGGGCGUCUGCAGCGAAAUUUAUAAUCCGCGUUUCAGUUCUCAACCUUUUUUUUUUUUUUUUUUUUUUUUUUUUUUUUUUUUUUUUUUUUUUACGGGCAGUUCUCAACCCUAACUAUACCUUCCUCCUUUGUUAAAUUCAUGGAUUUAAAUCUAGAUCUUAUUUAUUCUUGGUGAAAUUUCUUUACUCACUUUAAACUGCAAUCAGUUUUGCCACUCUCUAUGCCGUCGUUAAUUUUAAGCUCAUCAAUGGCGAUUUACUUAUCAAUGGCGAUUCACUGAGUAUGCUCUUCUUUCGGCAAAUUUCAGCGGUUUCUUUCUGCAAUUUUCAACGGUUUCUUUUUGCAAAUUUCAACGGUCGCAAUUUCAUCCACCAUUGAGUGUGUUUAAGGAGGUGCAUAUUCACAAAUGAUGAGCAACAACGAACAAGCUGAGAGUCAAUCAAGUACCAUCACAAAUGUGCCAACUACUCCUACAAUAGUAGUUUCUCCUAAAGUAGCACCUUUGAUCACUCCUGGAGGAACAAAAGAAUGGCAUCCAAUAUGCCCCAAUGAGUUGAAACCAGCUAUAGGGAUGAAGUUUAAUAAUCUUGAAGAGGGCCUUGAAUUUUAUAAAGGCUAUGCAUUUGCUUCUGGUUUCAAUACAAGGAAGUCUACAACUAAAAGACAAAGAAGAAGCAAAGAAUUAAAAUAUCAGCAUAUCUUGUGCAAUAAGGAAGGAUACAAAGAAAAAAGAAAGACUACUGUAGAAAAAGAUUUAAAUAACAAGGAAGGGGAAAACAAUGAAGAAAAAUCUUCAAUCAAAAGGAAGAGACUCGUUACUCGUGUUGGGUGCAAGGCACAUAUUUUCCUAAAGCAUUGUGAUGAUAACACAUUCAUAGUGACAAAAUUUCAUGAGGGACAUACUCAUGCACUUUAUACACCUAGCUGCAAUCUAUUCCAAAAAGAAGGAAGGAAAAUGAACAUUUUACACAAAAAAAUAAUUGUGAAUAAUUCUAAGGUGAAUAUUGGUCCAGUUACAACUUUUCGAAUGAUGAAGGAAAUUGUUGGAGGAUAUGAAAACAUUGAUGCAUCUAAGGAAGAUUUCAAAAAUUUUCAUAGAGAUUUAAAAGCAUACAUUCAAGGAAGCGAUGCUCAAAUGUUCGUGGAUAACUUUACCAACAAAAAGCUGAUGUGGAGCGCUUUUUUCUUUGAUUUUGAGAUGGAUGAAAAUUAUUGCCUUUGCAGAGCAUUGUGGGCAGACCCCCUUUGUAAAAAGAGUUAUGCUCUAUUUGGUGAUAUGGUAUCCUUUGAUAUUACAUACCAAACCAAUAGGUACAACAUGGUGUUUACUCCAUUUACAGGCGUUGACCAUCAUAAGAAUUGCAUUAAUUUUGCUGCUGAUUUCAUAGCAAAGGAAGAUAUCGUGUCAUUUGAAUGGUUGUUCAGAUCAUUUCUCAAGGCAAUGGGUGGGAAUGAACCUAAUUGUAUGAUCACAGAUCAGGAUCUAGCAAUGAAAAUUGCUAUUAGAAGUGUGUUUAAGAAGACUAAACAUCGGUUCUGUAUGUGGCACAUAAUGAAAAAGUUACCAGAUAAGGUGGAGAAAUAAUUCAUGCAAGAAGAAACUGGUUUCCUAAAAAAAUUAUGUGCUUGCGUUUGGCACCUUGAAAUUGAACCUGCUGAGUUUGAAGAAACGUGGAACAAUGUGAUGAUUGAAUACCACUAGGAACAACAUGAAUGGUGAGGUUAUAUGUACAAGAUAAGAGACAAGUGGAUUCCGGCCUAUUUCAGAGAUGUGUUCCUUGGAGGAAUAAUGCGUACAACAUCAAGAUCCGAAAGUGAAAACAACUUUUUCUGCUCCUUUAUCAAUCCUUAUGUGUCACUUGUUGAGUUUUACUUGAGAUAUGAAGCUGCAAUUGAUGCCCAGAGACACACUUAAGGUCAGAAUGAUAAUGAUUCAAAGCACAAAUAUCCUGAGUGCAAAACACCACUAGGGAUAGAAAAGCAUGCCUCACAUUUAUAUACUAACUCUGUCUUUUAUGAUUUUCAAUACGAGGUUGAAAUUGCUUGUUUUUCUUGUGGUGUUGAUGAAUUGAAGAAAGAAAAUGAAUUGGAAGUUGCAACAGUAAGUGAAGGAAAUCGGACUAGAACAUUUGAUGUUGUGUUUAAUCCAACUAACUAUGACACCACAUGUUCUUGCAAGCUAUUUUAUAGGCAAGGAAUUCCAUGUAGACAUAUGAUUUGGGUUUGGAAAGCAAAAAGGUUUGAAACCAUUCCCGAGCAGUAUAUGCUACACAGGUGGACUACUAUGGCAUUAAAGAAACCAAUUUUUGACUUGGGAGGAAACCUGUUGGAGCAAUGUGCUAAUAUAAUAGACAAGAAAAAAUUGUUAAAUGAUUUAUGGUCAGAGAUACACACUUGUGUAAGUUUGGCAGAAGGCAAAGAUGAAGAUAUUCAAGACCUUGUGAUAAAUCUUCAAGGAAUAAGAAAGGAUUUGGAAUCAAAGAGGAUUGCAAGAAAUAAUGAAACAACAGCUGGAAGUGCAAAAAACCAAAGAGCAAGACAUUGAGCUAUUGAUUGGAGCUAGUGUGCCAACUGAAAUAAUUGUCAAACCUCCAAAAGUUUCAAAGAAUAAAGGGACUGGAGUUCAUGUAUCAAAUGAAGAGACUUCAAAAAAGAAAGCGACUGAGAUUGAUGUGUCAAAUGUUGAAACAAGAGGUAGAAGUGCAAAAAGGCUUAAGGGAGAAAAAGAAAAGGCUGUAGAGCAAAACCAAAAAAAGAAGAGAUUAUGUAGAG